CCUGGGGUUCAAUUCCUUCCCAAAGAUGGCGACAAGCAUAUACAGUGACCUCUAUAUUCCCACGAAAAAAAGAAAAAGAAAUUUCGGUCAUUUCUAGAGAGAAAUUCUUCAUUCUCGUGUGCAACGACUUGGUGUAAUUUAUAGAGAGAGAAGACACCGAUGUAUCGAACAAAAAAAAUUUUUUUUUUUUAAUGAUGUCAUGGGCAUCUCAUUCAAUUCAACUCCCGAAUAAUAAGGCAACCGAGUUUGCGUAAUUUUCCCUCUCAACAAAACCCGAUUCUCUCUCCUCAAAAAAUGCAGAGAAUAAAUCAGAGAGAGAAAUGGACUCUUUUACAGUCUAAAUAUUUCUUAAUGUAUAGCCAAUAAUUUUCACAAUUUUGCUAAUUUCUUCCUCCAAUUGCACUCAUUCAGGUGAUCUAAGCAACGUCAUUGGUUUUAAAUUCAGCUCAGGUGUUAUUUUCCAAUGUUUGAAACCCCUGUUUCAAUUAGGUAACAGGUCAUUAGCCUCAGAUACCUAUGGUUUUUAACUCUGUUUUCAAUGGUUCUAGAGAGAAACGAGGAGAACAUCAACCCAGUUUUGAAGCAACAAAAACCCAACAAAGUUCUCGUAUUUUACAGGUAAGAAGUCCACUUCAUCUGCAAAAUUCCAUGGAGAAAUGAGUUCAGGAAUUUCUUCUGCAGCUUUUCUCUGACCCCAAAAACAUCAGAAGAAACCUAUUUCAGUGAUCCAAUGGGGAACCAGAAGGUUUUGGUGUUCGAAACCCAGUUCAAAUUGAUGAGAUUUGAGUCUAUGUCAAAAGAAUUUUGCAGAAUUAUGGGCUUGUUUGUUCAUGCUUGCUGGAUUUGGCUCUGCAACUUCAUAAAUGGCCUCUUUAAGCCCAUAGUCCAAGCCCUUUUCAGGCAAAAAGCAGAUGAGAAUUCUCAGAGAGAGGAUUUGAUCGAGUACUCUUUAUUUCAGGAUUCGAUUGAGGGAGUUUUAUCAGUGUCAGAAAACCUUUAUCCUGAGAAGAUAAAUAGCACUGAGGAAGAUAGAGGUUCGUCUAUAGAGUUUCAGAGUGAUAGAAUUGGUGAUACGGAAGAUGAACAAAGCAAAGAUGAGAUGCCCCAUUUUGAGAAAAGCUCUGAAAUUGUUGGAGCGAAAUCCAAAGUUUCGAAUUUCAGUGAUGGGGUCCCUUCAAAUGCUAACUAUUUUAGAGAGAGAGAGACUUCAGAAAGUAUUAAUAGAGAUGAGUUUCUCUCAGAGAAUGAUAUCAAGCCAUCAAUCGAAAUCAAGAAGCACCAAUCUUCAUCUUCAGAGGCUUUAACUGGCUUCAUAACAGAGCCAGUAGCUAUAAAUUUCAGGGAAGAAUUUUUACAUUCCAAUGAAUCAUCCAUGUAUUCGUAUAAAAACAAUCAGUUUCCAUCAGAGAAAGACCUUGAUGAAUCCAUGGAUAAAAAAGAAGCUCUUAAUUUUAGCAGAAAAACCUCUAAAGAAGAAGCAGUUGUGACUUUAGUCCACGAAUUCUUCAGUGAGAAAGGUAUGUCUCAUGAAGAACAAAGUUCUGUUCCAAAACAUGAUUCCUUGAGUGAGAAUGACAUGAAAGAUGAAGUAACCAUGAGCUCGGAUCCGAUUUUAUUGUGUGAGAAAGAUCUUUCUCAGGAAGAACAAACUGCAAGUUCAGAGCAUGAGAUCUUGAGAGAGAGAGACAUACUUAGACAGGAAGCGAUUGGAAGUCCAGAAAAUGAUUUCUUAAGAGAGCAAACUGUGACUAGUGAAGAAACUAUUGUAAGUCCUGACCCAGUUUUCUUAUAUUGGAAAGAUAUUUCUCAUGAAGAACACACUGUAAUUUCAGAGCAUGACUCCUUGAGAGAGAAAGACAUGAUUAGUGAACAAACAAUUGAGAGUCCAGAGCAUGAUUUCUUGAGAGAAAAAGAUGUGACUAGUGAAGGAACAAUUGUAAGUCCAGACACAGUUUUCUUAUAUGGGAAAGAUAUAUCUCAUGAAGAACACACUGUAAAUUCAGAGCAUGUCUCCUUGAGAGAGAAAGACAUGAUUAGUGAACAAACAAUUGAGAGUCCAGAGCAUGAUUUCUUGAGAGAGAAAGAUGUGACAAGUGAAGGAACAAUUGUAAGUCCAGACCGAGUUUUCUUAUAUGGGAAAGAUAUGUCUCAUGAAGAACACACUGUAAUUUCUGAGCAUGUCUCCUUGAGAAAGAAAGACAUGAUUAGUGAGGAAAUAAUUGUGAGUCCAGAGCAUGAUUUCUUGAGGGGGAAAGAUAUGACUGGUGAAGGAACAAUUGUAAGUCCAGAAUAUGAUUUCUUGAGAGAGAAUGACGCAAGUAGUGAAGAAACAAAUGUUAGUCCAGUUCUUGACUUCUUGAGUGAGAAAGAUGCAUCAGAUGAACCCAUCAUAAGUUCAGAUUAUGAAUUCAUGAGUGAAGAACUUCUCUCUGAUGAAGAACAGUUCUUAUCAAAUAUCUUGAACAAGCCAGUUCCAGAUACUCGGACAUAUAUGGAGAAAAUCAUGGACUCGAACUUUAAUUACUUCAGUGAGAACAGAGAAUUUCACAGAGAUCAAAUUUUUUCUAAUGAAAAAUACCAUAGUUUCUCCCCGCCAAAUUCAGAUUUUACUGAUGAUUUCAAGGAACCAGACAAAACCCAAUUCAAGAAUUUGAAUUCGGAAGAAAACGAAGGCUCUGACGUUUCAUUGGAAGCUCUAUGGGAGCACCAAGAUCUCAUUGAACAGUUGAGAUCCGAGAUUAGAAAGGUUAGGGCAACUGGUUUGCCUACUAUCAUGGAAGAAUCAGAGUGCCCAAAAAUGGUUGAUGAUUUGAAGCCGUGGUCCUUUGAAGAAAAGCUUUUGCAGGAGGACCCAAUUGAUGAAUUGGAGAAAUUUUACAAGAGUUACAGAGAGAGAAUGAGGAAAUUUGAUAUCUUGAAUUAUCAGAAGAUGUAUGCAAUGGGAUUUCCACAAUCCAAGGACCACCUCCGAUCGGUAUCCUUGCAAAAGAGCUCAAUCCUGCUCCAAAAUUUCGGGCUUUGCAGAGGAAAGAGAAGUGAGAAAGGCCCAUCUUUGAAAUUCAUCAAAGAGUUGCAGAGUGAAUUAGAAACAGUCUAUGUUGGUCAGGUAUGCCUGUCUUGGGAGUUCCUUCAAUGGCAAUACCUCAAGUUUCGUGAAGUACGAGAAAGACCGUAUUCGUACGACCAAAUUGCCAUGGAAUUUCAGCAAUUUCAAGUCUUGUUGCAGAGAUUCAUGGAGAAUGAGAGAUUCGAAGGCCCAAGAAUCCAAAAUUAUGUGAAUAAUCGAUGUGUUCUAAGGAAUUUGCUUCAGGUCCCACUCGUUAAAGAGGGUGAAUCCCAAGAGAGAGAGAGAACAAGCAAUGAAAACAAGAUCACAUCAACAAGGUUAGUUGAGAUAAUGGAGGAAUCCUUAAGGGUAUUUUCGGAAUUUGUCAGGUCAGAUAGAGAGGAUGCUCCUACUGUUUUGAAAGGCUUCUUGCGUCCACAGAUUGAGUUUCAUGACCCCACAGAUGCCGAACUCUUCACACAAAUACAAGCCACUCUUGCAAAGAAAGAGAGGAGAAUAAGAGACUUGCAAAGGAGUGGAACUUGCUUGAUCAAGAAGUUCAACCACAAGCAAGAUGAUGGCUCAAAUCAAACCAUAUUGUUUUCUCAAAUAGACAUGAAAUUGGUAUCUAGGGUGUUAAAGAUGUCCAAAUUAACAACUGAUGAACUUGUUUGGUGCCAAAAGAAACUAGAUAGGAUCCAUCUCAAGGAUAGAAAGGUCUAUAGGGAACCCUCGUUUCUUCUAUUUCCAUGCUAGAAAAAAUAAUAUCAUGUAAAUAACCAUCUCUAUGCAAAUAAAAUGCAAAUAACCAUCUCUAGCAGUCCAUGGUUAUUUCUAAUUAGAUCUCA